GGUGGAGGAUGAGUCAAGCAGGAAAGUAUGCUGGGGUCUGUGUGAGCAGAGGCACCGUUCUCCUCAGGCCUGGAGAGUGCCCUAGGACAGCCGUUCACUCUCCUCUUUUAGACAAAGCUGCCCAGGGCUUUGAGAGUUCCAGGGAGUAAAGGCUGGAGGGAUGGAAACCAGACAGAAGUGGCCAAUCCUGGCCUGGGCUACUCCCUUUGUGCAAGUCAGGCGGGCUCCUCUCUGAAAAGUUGCAAACAAGUCCUCUUGUGCAGGAGGGGAAAGAACUGGAGAGCGGGAGAAGGAAGGGGGAGGGCCGUGAUUGAUUCUCCCUGGAAGUUCGCUCAUGGCCCAGGCUGACCUGCUACCGGGCACUUGCCUCCAGGACAUCCAGUUGCAGUUCCGGACAGAGUCCCUGCAGGUGGUCCCUUCUCUCUUGGCUCCAGCAGUGACACUGGGGGUGGCCUUGGGCAUCAGCUGCGCAGUUUUGCUUUGUGUCUACGUGAUCAAGCCUCUGCUUCAGAAAAAGAAAGAUGAUUCCCAAAGUCUCCUCAAAAACCUGGAUGCUGAUGUACAUCUUUAUGAAACUGACUCACUACCAAGAGAGAAGAGAAAGGAAGACCAAACACCCAUGGAAGAGGGAAUUCUUGGUGAAUAUGAGUCACCAUUCAACAGUAACAUCGCAGCAUUCGCAUUGAAGGCAAAAGUGGUCUAUCCCAUCAAUCAAAAAUUUAGGCCUCUUGCAGAUGGAUCGUCUAAUCCAUCUUUGCAUGAAAAUUCAAAACAGACAAUUUUGCCUAAUCAAAUGAUGGAAGUUUCUCCUUCAAGUAGUCUCGGAUCCCUCAGCCAGGGAGACAAAGAAGACUGCAGUUCUUCUACCAGCAUACAUUCUGCCAUUAGUGAUGACCGAUUCCAUGAUAGAACCUUUCUUAAGGUGAAUUCUUUCCCAGAGGUGCUGAUCUGUGAAAGUUUUGAUAUUAGCUUAUGUCUGCAUAGCCUUCACCUGAAAAGCCUACUACUCUUAGACAAGGAAUUGAGGCAAGAAAAACACAUGAUGUUUAUCCAGAUCCUCAAAAUGUCCCUAACUGAUAUUCUUCCAAAGAAGAAGGGUGGUGAUGACUUGUAUCAAAAGAUCAUUUCAAAACAAGAAAUGGAUUUAGAAGAAUUAGAAAAACAAAUUCAGUCCAAAUUAUCAAACACAGAAAUGGUGGGUGCUGGUAGCUCUGAAUAUUUCACACUGGAGGAUAUCGAAAGGAAAGAGAGGGAAUAUUCAGAACACAUAAUAGAUAAUAUGGAAGCCUUCUGGAAACAGAUAGAAAAAACCCAGCACUUUCUUCUAGACCAACUGAAAUGUUUAAGUGCCAAAGCAGGGCAGAUAAUGCAAAAUCUAACUGAAAGAAUGAUUACAGCAGAAGAGUUAUUAAGUGCCUCUCAGGACUUGCAGACCCUGGACAUUCAAGAGAGAACAGUGGGUUGGGAAUAUAUGGCCAAAAUGAUCAACUCCUUAAAAUUACAAAUUCAGGAAGAGACCAAGUGUCAGCUGACUGUGAUUUCUCGAGCACUGGAGUCGUUAACCAUUGCAGGGAAACUCUCAGUAAGACAGAAGGAAGAAUUGCUCACACAAUUGCACAAAGCUUUCUGGGGAGAAGUAGAGCAUUAUAAUAAUGAAUGUGUCCAGAGAGGUAAGGACCUAAUCAAGGCUUCUCUGGCUCGCCGGGAGGCAAGGAUCGAAAAGAUGACAUUGGCUCACAAAGAAGAGAGAGUAUGCCUUUUUGGAAAAACACAAAAGGUGGCUGACCCUGAUGUGGUACUUAAGGCUUAUCAUGAAUUCCUGGAAAAGCAGAGAUUAACUCGUUAUGAUCUCGAAGAGGAGGAUGACUUUAAAACUGCAGAAGCAGUCACUGAUCUGUGCCAGGAGCUAUAUAGCAGUAGCAUCCAAACUUUUGAAAAACUCAUAGAAGAAACAUUUCUUCAUACGCUCUUGGGAGUGACUGGCCUUUCCUUGGGAGAAUGUGAGCACUUGAAGCAAGAUGUUCAACGCAGUGGAGCCCUUGACUUGGAGAAGUCAGAACGAUGCCGAGAAAAGCAAUGGACACUUUUUCAGGAACUACUUGACCAAGAAAAACAGCUGUGGACUGAAGAGUAUGCCUUGUCCGCCAUCAUGCAGAAACACUUUUUGGAGAAACACGAGAGCAUCAUCCAUGGAGUGCUAUGCCAUCUGGGUGGUCUCAGUGAAGAGUCAAGAAGAUUCAUAUCACAGAAACAUAAGCUCAUACUAAGUUCAAUCCUCAGAAGACUCUCCCUCCGGAAUAUUGCUGCUGCCACAAUGACUCAGAUGAGAGUGUCCAGAAAGAAGAGUCUUCUUCAGGAGCUAAAAGAACAGUACAUCCUGGAAAAGAGCUCCUCUCAAUGUCAAGAUGAGCACCAGUGGCAACUGCUUAAAGCAAUGGAGUCUCGUAUCCUGGAAGAAGAGAGGAAAGUAAAGGAGGAAACUCAACAGACACGUUUGGAAUUCCAUCAGCAGUUCAUUGUGGAAGUACAGGAAUGUAUACAGUUUCUUCACCAACACAUGCAGCAGGUGAUUGGAGAGGCCUUGCUUGAGCAUGCUCGGUGUGAUAUGGCCAAAAGCCGAGCCAAAGACAGAGAUGAUUUUAAGGGGACAUUGAUAGAAGCAGCUGUAGAAAGCGUAUAUGUGACCAGCAGCAAUGUUAACAGGCUCGUCCACAGUUACUACCAACAAAUUGGGAAAAUCAUGCAGGGUCACGAAGAGAGAAAACUCCAUCAGCUCAAGGCAUUACAGGCUGAAAGGAUGGACAAUUACAAGCUUCAGAAGCAAACCGAAUUGAGUGACCAGUCACCAAGUAGAAAUGCAUCAAGACCCACCUCUGAUGUGCCCAGCACUGUCCAUCAAAGGAUGUUGUCACAGCAAAAGAAGUUCUUGGCCCAGUUCGACGUGCAUCAGCAGAUUCGCUUGGCCUCCCUGAAACAGACUGCAGAAGCUAUGGAUCACCUGGGAGCCCAGCUUGAGACUCAGAUGAAGGAAGCUGAGCAGAUCUUCAUCACGGAGCUGGCAGCAUUGUCUCGAGUGCCUCUCACCGAAAACAAACCAGCGGCAAACAAGAGAGGGCAGCCUGAGAAAUGUCUGAGGAACAAAAAGAAGAAGCCCUUGCCUCUAGAAAAUGAUGAUCCUAGUCUGAAUGAAGACGACCCUACCUCCAGGGGCCAGAGUUCAGGAUCUUGCAGCAGUAAAUUGCAGAAUCAAGGUGAAAGUGACAUUGGCGAACUAGAGAAAGCAAAGAAGAUCAGGAAAAAAAGAAGUAACUUGUAGUUACUUGCAGAGACAUCGAGUUGUCAGUGUCAAGACCACUGCCUAGAAAUCAGAAGACCUGGCUGUGUGACUUCGGGCUUCAGUGUCUUCAUGUGUUAACCAUCGAGAAAUCUCCCUCACAUGGAAGACCAAGUUUGAUAAUGUGUAUGACAAAGGGUUUGUAAAACUUCAAAGUAGUAUGUAAAGGGAAAUCAGUAUUGUUAUCUAGGACCAAAGAGCAUAAAAAAAUGUCCAGAAAAGAAAAAUAAAGUUUCUUUCUCUUUAUGUAAAACAA